GAGAGAGAGCCAGCGAGAGAGAGAGUGCAAAGGAGAGAGAGAGCAAAAGAGGGAGAGAGAAAGCGAAGGAAAGAGAGAGUGAAGUAGAGAGUGAGAGAAUGAAGAGUACAGCAACUGGCGCUGAUUUUCUCUGCUGCUUCCUCUGAGGAUUUCUGUACUGCCAAAGAAUUUUGCAGGCUUCACCAUCAGAAGAUUGGCCCGAAAAAAAUAUUGGAAGAAGAAAUAUCCAUUUUAACACUGUUGUUGGAUAUAACAACAGUUAUUCCUUGUCUUUGAAUUAUCACAAUCAAUGAACAUGAAUCCCAAUGAUUUUGUCGUGAUUCCAGGCAACAAAUCUGGCACAUCUGUUAAGUUAAAAGCAAGAAACCUUCGGGAGCUACGAUUAGAAACUCUGCGGCUCGAAAUUGACAGUGAUGUACUGGAACAGAGGUUGCAGCAGCUUCGACAAGCCAUGCGUAAGGAAAAGGAGGAACGGGAGCGAUCAGGACCAUAUCAUUGGAAAUCUGGACAGAUGGGGAGUCUUGUAAAUCAUGCACAGGUAGUGCUGAGAAAUAAAGAAAAUGUUAAUCAGAAGAUAACUUCUGGAAAGACAAAAAUCAGAAUACUGAAAGACCAACGUGGAGAGCCUAGGAAACAUGCCAUCAUUGAUACAGCAGUUUGUGAAAGUGAAAAACUAAAAGUUAAGGGGAAAUUAUGUGGACAAUGUGAGAUCAGAAGUCCUGUGCUGGUUUGUGUGGAGUGUGGAGAAGAUUACUGUUCUAGCUGCUUUGCUAAAUUCCAUCAGAAGGGGGCGCUGAAGCUUCACAGAUUUUCUCCUUUUCAGGCAGAGGAACAUGCAUCAAACAAUUCAUUGCAUUUAGUCAGCCAAUUUAAAAAACAAAUUGAAUCUGAAGCACCUUUGAAUACUAAGCAGUUUCUGAAGAAACGAUUUUCAGUAAGAAAAUCUUCAUCCCAAAUGGCCACUCAACAACAUGCUGAGAUUCUUAACAGAGAGCAAGAGGAUGAUGAAUCAGCUGUUUGUGAGCAAAGCAUCAGAGCAGAACAUUUGAGCAGCAAUUCAUUAUUAAAUGGCAACUUUGAUGAGGAACAGUCAUUGCAGUCUUUCCAAGAAGCACUAAAAGAAUGGAAGGAGAGAAAACCUAGUGAAGCACAUUGGUCACCCAAAAUGUUUUCAGUUUCUACAGGGACAUCACAUGUUCAAGACAACCUGCAAAGUCUAACAACACCAAUUGAAAUUCAAUUUAAAGAACACAACGUAAGCUACUUGGAGAAACUGCUACUGAAAAAGUACAGAAGGACUCCAGGGGAAUUUUUUCAGGCUUCCUGUACGAAUGAUUUAGGGUCUUUGUCGUCUUCAUCUCGUGAAGAAGAGAGUGACCAAAAAGAUGAAGAGCUCCUACUAACAGCUGAAGAGAUUGAAGAACGUGAAAACUACAUUGCUCUUUUUAAAGUGGAUGAACCCUCUGAGGACACAGAGGCAGUCCCGUCAGUUUUGAGAAUUAUCGAAUUAGAAGAGACUGACAAUGACACAUAUGAAGAAACUUCCAGUUACUUGGUUGAAGAAGCUGAUGACAAUCAACAAGAAAAUAGACCAAGAAUUUAUGGAAGUUUCUGUGACACAAUGAACGCAUUAUUGAAACAUGAAAACAUCACAAUAUCAAGAAAUAUUGACACUUCACCCUUUCAAGUUUCAGACCGAAUUGAUUCUUCAGCCUUCAGUUGCACCUAUACAGUAGAAGAAAAUCAACAAUUAUCUCUCCAUGACGCAGAUGGAGAUUUAAUAGGAGAGCAGCACAAUAAUGAAGAUUAUUCAAUGGACCAGAAAGAUUCAGUUCCAAGCAGCAAGACAUCUUUGUCUCAGAUUGGAGUAAUGAACGUAAAUCAUUGUGGUGGAAGAGUAGAUGCAGUCUCCCCUGAUUGUGGUAGUAAUUCAUACAGGAGUCACCAAUUUGUAAGCCAAAGCCUUGAGGGAACAAAUGUUAUCACUUCUAUAUUGCCAUCACCAAGGACUUCGGAGUUGUCAAGUAAUGCAGUUGAGGACCCUUUUUCUACAUCAAAUGUUUCUGAGGAAUUUGACCAUAAGCUGCAGAUUGACAAUUUGGAACACAGCAAGAACACUGGUCUCACUGCAAAGCCAACUGAUGAAUUGCUUAAGAUCGCCAAUUGCCAAGAUUUUGACACUGGCCAGUAUCUGGGAUUGGAAGGUUUCUUCACCUUGCAGAUGAAUCCUGCUUCAAUAGCUACAGAGCCCUUUCCAAGACGAGUGAUCAAUGACCACAAACACACAUCAGAAACACUGAUCAAAGUCUCUGCAGGGGAUCUUAUAGAUGACAUCGGUCCUGUCCAUGGAGGGGAGUGGGUCUUCAGUUCGGAAAAUGGAGACUGGCGACCAAGCAGCAGCCUCUACAAAUAUGCAGAUAACUCCAUUGUUAAUGAUGUAAUUGAUGACAUUCAGAGCAGACCUUCAAGUAGGUUUGGAAGGCAUACACCCACGAAAGUGACACCAUGGGCAUUAUUAUCAAAAUCCACAGCAGGAAGCCUGGGUUGCUCUAGGAGAGUAAUGGAUCCCACUUCAGUAGAAUCGUUACCUAUUGCAUCACAAGUUGCAACAAAACCUUUGAAUUCAUGGAAAAAACAUAGUAUUCCUCAUCUAAACUCUGCUCCACAGCCACUGUCUGGAGCUGCAGCUGAAAUUUCUGAAGUUGAAAGCAUUGAUCAAGAUGAACCCUCUUUUGAAAAUGAUGCAGAUGAACAAACUUUAAUUGAUUUGGAGAUGGAGCUGAUGCAGACUCAUAAAGGCGGUGAAGGAGGGAAGUCUGACACAUCAUCUGCUUGUGUGCCAUUGACCUCUGCAGGGGAAGCACUUGAAAAGGACUAUCCAGUUCUGCAAAGGGAUGCUGAUCAUUCUCAGUUUGUGCUUGAUUCUCUGACAGGAGAGUUCGAUGAAGGUCAAAUAGAUGAUGAGGGAGAGGACACUGAAGACAAACAAAAUGUUUUACUUUUAGUCUGACAGUGUCAGAGAUAAAUAUUAGAUAACAUUUUUAACCGUUUCUCACCAAACAAUAAGUUCUGAAAAAGUUAGUCAAAUUGGAUGAUGUGUUUAAUUUAUAGUACUUGAUUUCAAAUU